AAUAGUAGAUAGUCUGCGCUGGCACUGUACUGGGUAGCUGAUAAUCGUUUGUGUAACAUCAAAUGUGUAAAAUAACGGGAUAUCACAGCUCGCGUGUUCAAAGACAAGACAUAACUUGUGUAUGUGCUGUGGUCGGAAACUGCGGAACGUUCAGUGCCCGGUUGAUAUAAUUUUUUUUAUUUGUGGUUAUGCAUCUGCCACCACCACCUGCUGCAAUGGUUCCUUUUUCAUGGUAUAUGUGUGCAAUAUUGAGGGGAUCCAGGCUCCUGAUGAAGUAGUUAUCUUGUGAUAUCCAGGCAACAUUUAAGUUUAGAAGUCCUCAUUAAGAAAGCACCUAGUCAUUCCUAAAUAUUUUUGGUAUAGAUACAGCUUCUUGUUUAAGCUUGGUCUGAUCUGGAAGUAUUUAAAAUCCUCACAACUCAUUGUGUGCAGAUUACCAAAUGAGUGAUCCAGACAGAACAAUAUGGUGUGGGAACUUAUCCAGAGAACUUCAAGAUGAAAUAAUCUAUGAAUUGUUCUUACAAGCUGGCCCCCUUGAGCGCAUGCACCGGCCCAAGGACCAGAAGUCGGGGGAGCCGCGGGAGUUUGCGUUCAUCACGUUCGAGGACGAGGACUCAGUGCCGUACGCGCUGGAGCUGUUCAAGGACACCCGACUGUACGGCCGCCCUAUCCGAAUGCAGGCUAAGGGCGCCGUCAAGGAGCCGCGCCGCGGAGCCCACGUCCGGAGCGUCACCGCGCCGCCUGCCCCGCUGCUGGCUCCGGCUCCCUGGCGGCCGCCGCCGCCGCCGCCUCCCCGCAACGACGUCAUGCUGCACCAGAUGGCCGCCCAGCAGAUGCUGAUGCUGGCACAGCAGGCGGCGCUGGGCCAGCAGCGGUUUCAGCCAGGCCUCUGGCAGCAGCAGGCGCCGCCGGGCUUCAUGCCGCCGCAGAGGUUCGGUCCGUUCGGCGGCCCGCCGCCGCGCGGCCGGCACCACCAGCGCAGCAACACGCACCACUGGUAGUGCCGCGCCCGACCGCCAGGAGCGCCAGGUCAACAUAGCGGCUGCCGACCGGCGAAACAGCGCGGGCUGCGGCCAUUGCGGGCGCGGCUGUAGCGCGACGGGCACUAAGCUGCGCUGGGGAGGCGGCGCUGAAGGUGGGCCGGCGUGCCAGCGGCUGGGUGCGCGGGGCCGCAGAGCCGCUCAUGGAGGGGACUGGACGUCGGCGUCGCCUCGCCGCUGUCAUCGAGUCGCUCGCAGAGGGGCGUGGAUACUCAGGAGCUGGGGUCCUGUGCGGGAGUUUCUCCAGGGACCAGCAGACAUCGAGUUGGGCGCCGGGGCGGAUAGUAACGGGCGCCGCGGAGGGUAGCCAGAUGCCGCGGAGGGUAGCCAGGCGCCGCGGAGGGCAGCCAGACGCUGCGGAGGGUAGCCAGACGCUGCGGAGAGCAGCGAGGUGCCGUGGAGUGCAUCCAGACGCUGCGGAGGGCAGCCAGGCGCCGUGGAGGGCAGCCAGGCGGCGCCGUUGGCCGGAACAUUCAGAGAAAAAAUAUGUUCUUCGUAUGUGCCAGCACUCGGAAGAAACAUACGUUGCUAUGCAGCGACUGGUGCAAGUCGCCAGUCAUUUGUUCAUAGUUACAGCCAUACCUCGCGACUGACGAACUGUGACGAAUGCUGCUGUUGCACGGUUGUCGACGCUCUGUUUACGGUUCAAAGUAGACGCUCCUUGCUAUGUCUUGUGGUCCUCAUGUUUGAUAAAUACAUUCAGAUCUGUGAAA